CCAGUCCCUUCCUCGGAAGUAGACAUAUCUGUCUAUUCCCCUUUUCUUUUUUAUAUUUUUGCAAUAACCCCUUUUCCCCAACAAUUAGCCCAAUGGACGCCAGGAUGGACGACUAAACCGAAGAACGGGUCCCCGAUUUCAGCCCGUAAUUCAACCUCGGAACUGAGUGGACCGGAUGAAAUCCAUCUGUGGUUUUCUCCGCUUCACAGGGGAGGUAGCUGUAUCCAGUGGGGAGGUAGGCUCAACCAGGGAAGGAAAGAAUGAAGUUCACCGAACCCUGGGGACGCCAGAGGCUGUCUUUUCUUCUGGAAAAGGCAGCCUCUAGGGAAGCCAAGAUGUGGAAGGUCUACGUGCCAAAGAAGCCCUCCUCACAGGAUACAGACAUCUCCCCUGCACAGCGGGAUGAGGCCGUGCGCUGGUUGACGGAGCUCCACAGCAAACUGAAGAUGUACCCAGAGACUCUGGUGUUAGCGGUUAGCAUUCUGGACCGUUUCCUGGCUCCCAUCAAAGCCCGUCCAAAGUACCUGCGCUGCAUCUCCAUCGCCUGCUUCUUCCUGGCUGCCAAGACCUGUGAGGAGGACGAGUGUGUGCCCUCUCUGAGGGAGCUGGUUGCCUCCAGCAGCUGUGGCUGUUCUCCAUCAGAGAUCCUGAGGAUGGAGCGGAUCAUCCUGGACAAACUGGACUGGGAUCUGCACACCGCCACGCCGCUGGACUUCCUGCACAUCUUCCAUGCAAUGGUGUUGUCGUGUCGUUCUGGGUUUUUGGACUCCAUGUUGGGACUGAACCGUUCUCAGCAUCUCGCCCUGCUCACACAGCGACUCUACCACUGUCUGGCCGACCACACGCUCAUAAAGCUCAGAGGAUCCAUGCUGGCCUUGGCCCUCAUCACCCUAGAGCUGGAGACCUGCUGUCCUGACUGGCUGGCUCUCACCAUAGACCUGCUAAAAAAGGCACAGAUCGACAGCUCUGAGUUGAUUCGGAGUCGAGAGCUUGUGGCUCGUAGUCUGUCCACACCGAGAGCUUCCCUGCCUCCAAACACUGUCUACAUCUACCAACCCCUGCAGAGCCAAACCACCCCACAGCCUCCGGACCAGGACCCCUCACCCCCCUGCUGCACACUGGGGACCACCACCAUCGAGUCUUCCAGGGACCACACCCAUGUCACCGCCCCCGUUGCCCAGCCACCGACACCUGCUGGUGGGCAGCAGGGGAGCCAGCAGCCCUGGAGCUCCGCCUUCUCCUCGUCCUCCACGAACAGCAGUAUCCCAGCUCUACUGUCUCCACCCAAACACCUCCGCCAUCUUAACCAGCUGCAGAGGGUCACGCUGCGCUGCAAGGCUUCGGCCAAGCGCAAGGUGGAAGAGAUGGAGGUGGACGACUUCUACGACGGCAUCAAGCGCCUCUACAACGAAGACGUCAACACCACCACCUCUGCCAUCCAGGAGGGGUCAACACCAGCGACGGGGGCGAUGACAACAGGAGGUGGAGGAGGAAGCGGAGGAGGAGGAGGCCUGGGUGUCUGCAGUGUCCUGUUGCCCAGACAGGAAGGCAGCUCCUCCCCCUGCCCGCCUCUGCAGCCAGUCAGUGCCUCCUAGAGACCAAACCUGUCGACCAAAACCACCUUAACACCGACAUCAUGUUUCACUUUCACUUUAAGCUGAUCAACAGGGUUUUUAUCAAAUAGUGACGUUCAGGCUGUUUUCUUUGCAAAAGACUUCAACAUUAUCAGAUAAAGCUUUUAUUCAAUGUUUCUGUUAGCAUAUAAAAGCAAUAUUGAGGCAGCUCCUAAUGGAAACGUUGCUCAUUACUGUUACCAGAGAGAAAACGGUCUUUUUACGUCACCGCUCUUGAAAAUAUCGACAUUCUAAUACAAAUCAUACACACACAACAGAUGUCAGCUGCUUAAGACGGUUUUGGUUUUCGACGCGAAAAAAACCCAACAAAUCCCCCACCCACCCCCCCUCCAGUGCCACCCGAACUGUUCCCCGAGGUCAAGCUCCCAUCAUCCCCCGCAGCCGGAACAAAAACAGAGCCCAAAAAAAUUUAAAUACAGAAAAAAAAGAAAAAACGCAGCUACUAUCUUUUAUUAAUUCUAUUUGUCAAACACAAAUACAAAAAAAAGGUUUAAAAAAAAUAAAAAGCUAUAAAUAUAAAACGUUUCCUACAAAAAAAAAACAACUUAGAAUUGACUCUUUGCUUCCCCCCCAGUGUCUCGCUCUCUCGUCCUGUUUAUAGGAAUAUACUUGGACAUGUCCUAGUUCGUCAACUUAUAUUUGUUUUUCCACUUCUUUAAAUUCUUUCCUUUAAUUUCAUAUAUUUAUGGUUUUCUUUUUAUUCUGUCCCCUGCAUGUUUUCAUCUCUAUAACUAAAGAGUCUAAAUUAAACACGUAUGAAUGUUUCUAACUGUUACUUGGCCAGAUAGAGAAAAAAAAAGAGUUAGUUAUUCUUUCUUUUUUUUUCUUUUUAGUGAAGUGCAAUUUGAUUGUUAAUAAGAUGCUAAUAUAAACAUCCCUCCUCUUAAUAAAUCCCUCUGUUUCUCUCUUCGCUCUCCCAGCUUGUUGUGACAGCUUAACUGAAUGGAAGUUUCUCAGGUUGCUCUAUUCACCCACAAACUUAAAAAAACAAAAAAAACAAAAAAAAGUGUUUUUGAAGUUGCCGCUUAAAAAUCUGGUUUUCCUCGUUGAAGGAGUCCCGGCUGCUAAUUGAUCAUUUUUGUUUGUUUUUGGAGCCUGAGAGCAGCUGUGGUUUCAAUUCUAACCAUUUUUAUUGUGGUUUUAAUAGAUUUUUCCUGCCAUUGACUUCCAUUCAUUUCUAAACAGUAUGAAUGUAGCUGUGAAAUCAUCAAGUGUAACAGUAGUAAUAAGUAACUGACUCAAGUGUUCACUGUGAUAAUUACACAGCUUAAGUUUCAAGUGUGUGCUAAUUGAUUUUUUCAUACUGUAUAAAGCUAAAUGGAAAUCAAUGGAAACCUAAAAUUGAAGGAAAAACAAAUUAAAAACAUGUACAGUCUGAUUUUAAAAAGUGGUCAACAGAAACAUAAAGUGUAAACUCUCUGUAGUUAAAACUUGAAAACACACCACUAUGGUCCUUUAAAUGCAUCAGUGCUUCUGCAGUUCAUCUCAUUGAGUUAAACUUGAAAUGAUUCUUUCAGGGUUAAAAAGAGAGAGAUAAAGGCCAAAUAAGCAACCACAGCAGCUCUUGUAGAGGACGGGUGGGUAACUCCACCCAUCCCCCACUCCUGAGUUUCAAACGAACGCUGCCUAAAGCUCUGAAGGGCUCAUAAUACUUGUUGUCUAAUCAGGGUCCCGUCCUUUAAACCUGGUUUAACUAAUCCAAGCUUACACAAACGUAUCCUGCUGAUUCUAAUCCAGUUGACUUGAUUAUUUGACCCCAGACACACCAAGACUCCAUGAUUUCUUGAUAACCUUUAUUAAGAUGUCUUAGUUAUGACCCAGCUAACUGAAUAAAGACUUGUUGCUAUGACAACCCUGGUUUAAAAAAAGAAAUCAGAUUGCAUGUGGUUUCUGUGUUGAAGCAGCCAGAAGGAAAUAAAAGGAAGAAGGAAUUUAAAAAAGCAUUAUAAUAGUAAGCUAAGAGACAGAAAAUGUGCUUUUUGGAGUUGGAAAAAAAAAUGAGACUAGUGACAAUCUUCACAACACGCUCUGUUUUUUAUCUCUGGAAGGUCUGUUUAAUCUUUAAUUCUUACAAAAAGCUCUGUUGUUCCUGCUGUGGGAGCUGCUGGGUGGCUUCUUCAGGUUCUUGAACGCACCGCGGCACCAGUAAAUAAAGAGAAUGAAAACUGA